GAGUCAUUGGUGAGAAGUGGGAGGUGCUGGGAGGUGGGAGUACUGGAGCACUGCGUCGACCAUCCUAUCCAUCCUUUCGCAACGAGGACCUUUGUCGAAGUGAUCAAAGUAUUUGUAUUGUCCUCGUAUCGUGCUAAAGCACCAUGCCAAAGAAUAAGGGAAAGGGAGGUAAAAAUAGGAGAAGAGGAAAGAACGAGAACGAGACCGAGAAGAGAGAGUUGGUGUUCAAGGAGGAUGGACAAGAGUACGCCCAGGUGACAAAAAUGUUAGGCAACGGUAGGUUAGAAGCCAUGUGCUUCGACGGUGUCAAACGGUUGUGUCACAUUCGAGGAAAGCUGCGUAAGAAGGUGUGGAUUAAUCAAGGAGAUAUCAUACUGAUCGGGCUGCGAGACUACCAGGAUGCCAAGGCAGAUGUCAUCCUAAAGUAUACAUCCGAUGAGGCGCGUAAUUUGAAGACGUAUGGAGAGUUCCCAGAAACUGUGCGUAUCAAUGACACAGUAACCUUCGUGGAAGAUGGAUUUGAUGAAGAUAUCGAAUUCGGUGAUGAAAUUAGCGAUGAUGAUGAAGAUGACGUUGAUAAUAUCUGAUGACCCGCAGUAUAAUAAUAAAAAAAAGGUAUCAUGAGAAAGUGCAUGGGGACAUCCUGUUCAUUUCACAAAAUGCAAUUAUAGAGUCAAAGUUUUCUUCUCUCGAGUAGCUCAUCUCUUUGUAUGUAUCUAUAAAUAAAUUUUCAGUUUAUGGAUAACAUUGUAUUCCAAUUUGAAUAGUUGUUUUUGAUGUUUGUAAAUAUCAAAUUCAACAUUUUUGAUAUUUUAUAGAAGCGUAAAUUCAAUUCAAAUAGUAAAAUUACAUAUAAUAUUUAGUAUAUUGAAUUAAAUUUCGCGUACACACCUAGAUUUUACGUUCCGUGUACGUAGUCACUUUUGUAUGAUCAAUCUUCUUUGUAUAUUUCUUUUUUAUUUACGUCAUGUAAUAUCUGCCAAUUCGUGAAAUAUACAUAUACAUUAUUUAAGCAAAAAUGAAAUAUCACUAUACAUAUAUAUAUAUAUAUAUAUUAUGCAGUAAGUACUCUUUUUAUAUGUUGAAGUGUGUCUCACUAAAAAUUAUCCAGAAGUCCAAGAAAUUAUUGAGAAGCGAAGUAACGUAUAAUUGGAUUUAUUAAAUUUUGAUGAAAUUUUAAAACUACUACACUAGUGUAAAAUACUAAAUUAAUAAAUUAAAAGAUGUGUGAGAGGAGGAUAGAUUUUCAAUGAUUCUUCUUUGUUGUCUUCGCUUCAAUCAGUUGAUAUGUUAUUAGUAGUAAUAUAGUUAUUCAGUACGACAAAUAACGCAUACCAGGAAAUUCUCAGGUCAUGCGUUUUGUUAUGUACCAGUGCAAUCGGUCAAUGUAUGCUAUUCUUCGUUGUAUCAAAAAGAGGUACAGUACUGCAUUUUGACAAUAUUAUUGGAUACUAGCAACGACGAAAGUGUACAGUUAUUUGUAUCAUUUUUGUCUCAGUGAAAAAAAAUUUUGGGCAUAAUAUUAUUGUUUAGUUGAUUAUAAUAUAAUUGAACGGAAUAAUAAUUUGACUGUCAAUUUGAACUUUUUUCAUGUUAUAAAUAAAAUUGUGUAUGUAAAUGGA